GGUUGGCAUAACCGUAGCGUCACAGGCGUUGCUGGUGUCGGCCGAGGAAGUGAAAUGGUAGAAAUUAUAAUGGAGUCGUGUGAGUCGUCAUUCUUCAUGAAGGAAAGCGUUCAGAUAAUUACACUGAACUUAAAGAAUAUAAUACACACGAUCGAUUCUGAUAACGUGAUGUUACGUUAUUUUUCUAGGUGAAGUGAAUAAGUAAUAAUUGAAUAUGCUGGCGCACUGGAUUUAAGUUGGGAUGAUCAAACUGUGACCACAUUACAUCUUCAGUUGUGGACUAUUACUUCUUCAGGGCACUGAUUGUCAUCUGUAAACAACAAAAUCCUGGACAUCAUUUUGUGAUCAUUCCAAGAACACAUUUAUGCCCUUAUAAAUGGAGUCUACAGUUGCUGUGUCCAUACAAGAUCUACCUCCAGAAAUAAUUGAAACCAUUGCAACUUAUCUGGGAGGUGACGAUCUCCAUAGUUGUUUCAGUGUCUGUAGAGAUUGGGCGAAGAUUUUAAACUCAAACAAAAUUUGGAGAAAAUACUGUGUUUAUCCUGAAAAGUAUUUUAAAACCUCAGGAUGUACUUCAGGAUCUAGUGGUAACAAAGACUUUGAAGAUGUAUGUUUUUGGAAGAAAAGUUAUGAUCGGCAAAAGUUGCUGUGGGAAAACUGGAGUAAGGGACGAUUUACAAAGAAAAAGACUGAUGUGUGUCCAUCAAAGUUGAGUAAUUUAGUUUACUUUGUUGAUAAUUUUUUCAAUUAUUGGUUAGUACAUUCACAUCAUAGUACAGGUAUAUCAGUUUGGAAAGUAGAUGAAAUUCCAAGCUUUCAUUCUAAACUUGAAAAGAUAGAUCAGUUUCGUACACUCCCUAUUAAGAACAAGCUUAUAGCACUCUAUUCAGAUUACAUACGAAUUUUUGAGUUUAAACCUCCAGAAAAUGAGCUUCUGCUUCAGUAUAGGUUUAAAUUCAGUGAAGAUACUAUCAUUCCUGAAGAUAGUGAGUUCAUAAAUGAAUAUGUUUGCCGUCAGCGCUUCAUAAUUGUUGAUAAUUUCUUUAUCGGGUAUUGUGCCAAUAUCACUGAUCUCCGUCACACUUAUCUUCACAUUUGGGACUGUGAUUUAGGUAAAAAAGUAGCAAAACAAAGUAUUUUUCAACAGUCAUUUGUUGAUUACAUGUUAUCAUCAACUGGUAUUGACAUCACUAAAGAUUUUGAGGAUGGAAAUUUGAUGCUUUAUGACAGUGAUUCUAGACGGUUUCUUGUCAAUACGAUGGCCUGUGUAUAUAAUCAGUGUGAAAUAAGUUUAUAUAGUUUGGAUGAGAUGAAGUUUGUCAAUGUGGUGGCUCGCAUAGAGAGUGUAAGUGCUUGGUGUAUCAUGAAGGGAGAUACGAUCUGUAUCUUAUAUUUAAGCAAUUGCUACCAAGUGUGUGUGUACAAUACCAGAGGCACAUUCUUGGCUCAAAUGGAUUUUCCUGGUUUCUAUCAUCCCUAUGAAUAUCAUUGGUUUUGGAUGACAAGCACGAAAGUUAUUCUCAGUUUCGGGGAUACGAUUCGUGUACUGGAUAUUAUUGAUUCCGAGAAUGUGUGUGGAAGAAGUUUCACUACCAACACAAAUAAGUUUAUACUUGGGUAUGUUGAACCAAGAUUUUUAUUGUUGUAUGACAGAAUUACCAUUAAUACAUUUCAGUUGAUCAGUUUUUAUGUAAGUAUCUGGGACGUUGAGUCUGGCUUGAGACUGUGGGACUUGGGACACUUAAAAAGUGUUGAUUCAUGUCGUUUUCUAUUUACCGCAUCAAUCUAUCCAAGUAAAGUAAUUGUACAUUUUGCAGGUGAGGAAGAAGUGAGCAUGUUGGAUUUUGAAGGUGCAUGAUAUUUGACAAGUCCCUUUGAGUGAAGUUACUAAAUUACAUUAUAUAUUUAAAUUAAUGAUUUUAUUAGAAAAAAGCCUAGAAGUAUUUUAUAAAACUUUGACUUAAAUCGAUUAAUAAUAAAAAUCAUAUUAGUAAUAAUCUCAGAAGUGCCAAAUUGUAAGUAAAAAUGUACAAAUUAUUUCAUGUGUACUAACUUCACAUUAUUCACAAUAAUAGGUAAUAAUAAAUUUAAUAAAAAGAACUGAUAAUUUGAAGCACAAACUUGUACUUUAUAUGUUGAUCUCUCUCAGACAUAGAUUUAAAUUGAGAAUAAACAAUUUCUAUCAAUGGAAUCUAUACAGUUCACUAUUUCCGUUGCUGCAUAGUUUGGCCUGUUUUCAAAGCCCUGUAUUGUUGGGAAUGGGUUUGUGUCCAUAGGUGAACUUGCACAUUCAUGUCCAGACCUCCUGUAUUUCAAUAUCGUCUCAUAUCUGUUCUUAAAACAGUACAUCUUUAGUAUCCUAAAUCCUUAAUAGACAUAGAUUGUCAGACCUACUUCCCCAUUCCCCUUUACACUUCUGCUGGCUGUAGACUUGUUCACUACUAUUUCUGGGGUUCAAAUAUUUGUUCCUCAAGGGACAACUUGAUUGUCAGAGCAUAUAAUGGUUCCCCCUAUGUAUGUCUUCAAACCUAGAUCUUUUUCGUGCUUGCUAUUGAUCAAUCAGUGUUCAGGCCCGGAUCUUGGUUAUCAAGUAUACUGACAUCUGAUUAUACACACAUGUAACACAUCACACAUUGAUGUCAUGGAGAAUCAGCGGAAGUUGUCAUCUUUUAUAAAUAACUGUAUGAAUGUCAGAACCUUCCAGGUAAGAUUAGGAAUAAUCAAUUCUAGUUAGUAAUUUUGUAAAAUGGAGUACCCCAAGAGAGGAUAUAAUAUAUGCUGCAGCAGAAGAAUCCUGCUUAUAUUAUGCACUACAGAAGUUAUAGUGCAUUUUGAUUUCCAGACUAAGGAAUACAUCGGAACCUUCUCUUACACUGAAUUAUGCUUGUGUAUCAAUAACUCACACCUUAAAGUUCUUAAUUACUCUGUACAAUAAAUUUACCUGGUGUUACUCCGGUUCCUUCGCAAAUUUACCUACAUACCAUACUUGAAAAAUCUAAAAUUAAAAUGUUAAUGCCACUUUCACUUGCUAAAGGUGAUGUCCUGUCGGCAAGUAGGCUGCAGCCAGGACUCAAAUCCUCGACUUUCUCAAAGCAUUUGUUGCUUAUGGGCAUCCGGUCUACUCUUCUGUUCAUUCUAACUUCAUCAAAAUGUUUGACACCAUACGUCACGAUUCUAUCAGAUUGGCAUUUGACUGCAAGCUGUGUGGUUAGUCUGUUGACUGAGUGUGGAGAUUCACCGUUGUUGCAAAGGCUUUGUUUACUCUACAAACUUUAAGUUAAAAGAAAAUUUUACUGAAAAGAACAAAUUGUCCCACACAUUUUUAAUAGAGCACAGGUAUGCUGACUAAACUUGUAAUAAAUAUCUCAAAUGUAGACAUUUAUGUAGUUCCAUGGUCUGUUUGAAGUCUGACUAUCGUAACUUAUCUGGCAAGCCAUUUGAAAUAAAUUAUGCCUUGAAGCAUUAUAAAUAGUAUUUCCUUUCCAGUCAAUUCAUGAAUACUAGAAUUACUAAGUUUUUAAUUAAUUUUAGUCUAAACUGGAUAGGCUACAUGCACUCAUUUACAAUACACUCAGUGAUGUAUUAAACUAGUUUUAAGUAUUUUUAAUUGUAAUGAAUGAUGCAUUGUUUAUUGACUAUCAUCUAAGUUUUGUGGUUCACAACGCGUAAAAACAUCUGUUACAAAAAUGUCAAACUCAGGUGAGAUUAAAAGAUAGCUCUCCACAGAGUGGCAAUAUAUUACAAGAAUUUUAUUAUAUUAAAAAUGUUUUGAUGCGGUAUGAAUAAAAACACUUGGAUAAUAGUCAUAACACCAACCAUAUAAGCACAAGAUUCUAGAGAACAAUAUGUAUUAUACUGAUUUUUAAUUUCAUAUGAGUAAACUGUUAGGUUUUAAUUGAACAUAUAUCUAAGAUAACUAGUAAGUCAUGUUAGUUGAUAGAAUAGAGUUUUAAAUUAUUUAUUAAAUGAAUAUUUAAACAUAUCUCCCGAUUUAUUUGUGAAGUGACUCAUGUUAAUUUACAAUGCUAUUACUUUUAUUAAUAGUAAUGUUUGUGUAAACAUGUAAAAAUUGAGUAUGACUUGUACACAUGACCGAUUAUUAACUGAUAAUGUAAUAAACAUGUAACAAAUCUAGUAUUUAAUAUUUCUUGUAAUAAAAUUAUAAUUAUUAUUGUAAAAGGUUCUAAUUAUAUGAAGCAAUGAAAGGAAAAGUGGUGUAAGUCAUCUGAGGAUCAUUUUGAGAUAAACAAGAUUUUACUAGAAACAUUGUAAUAAGAUAUUUGUAACAUUUAUAAACACGAUUGUAGUAUAAUUUUGUUUACUAAGAACAUGUGUAACUCUACCAAAAGUUUUGUACUACCGUAAGGGAUGCAAUGAUGAUGUUUUCUUUGCAAUGACUUUCUCUACUUCUGUUAAGAUAAUCUAAAGAAAACAAAACAUGUUUAUUGUUUGUAAAUUAAAAAAAAAACAAGCUUUAAUGUGAUUUUUCUCAAAUAAAAAGGUAAAACUGA